AUGUUACGUCUAGCCUAUGAGACCAGGCUGCUCUGAGAAACUGCUCCAGCUUCUUACACAGAGCUGAGCCGUCUUGCGAGAUGCCUGGCAUAUUGUAGACACCUCCAGAAGGACACUGACUCCGUUCCACUCAGCCUCUCAGCCGGUCUCCCCUCUUCCUGGUCUCUACCUCCGCCCUGUAUGAUCCUGACAAACCGUCUUCUGCCUCCUCCAUCAGGAUGAAGAACCAAAAGAAAAAAAGAGGGUUUAUUUUUCUCUUAGUCUUCUUGGUUACUCUUCCUCCCUCGUUGGGAAGGCAAACGUCAGACUAUGCUCCCUAUUUCUACGACAAAGGACCGAGCAGCACCGAUGGGAAUAUGGCUCUCUUCAGUAUCUCAGAAGACACACCAGUCGGAACACAGGUAUAUAUCCUAAAUGGCACUGACCCAGAGGGGGAUGCCGUGUGGUUUGGCCUGACCUUUGAGAAGGGCACCAGAGAAUACCUGAGAGUGGACCCCAAAUCAGGAAACAUAACUCUCAUUCAGGAACUAGACAGAGAGAAACAAGGUGAAAUCUCAGCUCUCGUUAGCAUAACAGAUGGCCGGAAUAAGGUUGUCGAGACGAUACGGGUGUUUGUCACCGAUGCCAAUGAUGAAGAACCAGAGUUCCAGAACCUGCCUUUCGCCGUAGAUGUCCCAGAGGACACUCCAGCUGGAAGCAGCAUUUACAGAGUGCAAGCGGUGGAUAAGGACAUGGGCUCUGGAGGCAGUGUCACCUACUACUUACAGGGAACUCCUACUACCAAGUUCACCAUCGACGGCCACAGUGGGGUCCUGCGGAUCAAACCAGGCGAGACGCUCGACUUUGAGACGACAACGUUACACUUUGUGACGGUGGUUGCCAAGGAUGGGGGUGGGCAGUACAAAGGGAAGCAUCAGGUGUUGACAUCUACAGCCACCAUAACCAUCAACGUCCUCGACGCCCAAGACACUCCUCCAGCCUUCGUUGGAACUCCUUACUUUGGCUACGUCUACGAGGUCUCACUUCCUGGUUCUGAAAUAGCCACUGUGUUUGCCAAAGAUGGUGACGAAGGAAACCCUAAUCCUAUUCAUUACUCUAUUACCAAUGGUAGUGAGGAUGUCUUCACCAUCAAUAGCACAACUGGUUGUAUCAGCCUAACAACUUAUCCAGUCACUCUGAGGAAUGAAUUAUAUGAAAUCAAAGUCAAGGCCACUGAGCUGGGGCCUAGCGAGGAGCUGUUGGACUACAAUGCCAUGACUAUGGUGACGGUUCGAGUGGUGGAUCUCAACAACCACCCUCCUACCUUCUACGGAGAGAACGGGCCCCAGAGCCAAUUUGAGGUGACCAUGUAUGAGCACCCUCCAGAGGGGGAGAUCCUCAGGGGGCUGAAGAUAACGGUCAACGACUCAGAUCAGGGGGCGAAUGCUAAAUUUAAACUGAGAUUGGUGGGGCCUGGUCGUGUACUCAGAGUGGUGCCCCAGACGGUCCUCAAUGAAGCACAGGUCACCGUCAUCGUUGAAGACUCUGCUGCCAUCGACUAUGAAAAAGGCAAAUCCUUAACAUACAAGUUACUGGCUGUGGAGAUUGACACCCCUGAGAGGUUCAGUGCGACAGCUGACAUUGUGAUUCACCUUUUGGACACCAAUGACAACACUCCCAGGUUCACCUCAGAGUAUUACAUCGCACGUAUCCCGGAGAACUCCCCCGGAGGCUCCAACGUUGUGUCUGUCACCGCCAAUGAUCCAGACUCUGGCCUUUGGGGUGAAGUCAAGUACUCCAUCUAUGGAUCCGGAUCUGAUUUGUUUCUCAUCCACCCGUCCUCAGGCAUCAUCUACACCCAGGCCUGGGCCACUCUGGAUGCUGAGGUCAAGUCCAAGUACAACUUCUACGUGAAGGCAGAGGACACAGAGGGCAAGUACAGCCUGGCGGAGGUGUUUGUCACUGUCCUUGACAUGAACGACCACGUUCCAGAGUUUGAUGACAGCUUUGUGGAGAGGACCAUGAUCAUCGGUGCACCUGUUAGGGUAGAGGCCAUAGAUGCCGAUGCAGAGUCGCCCAAUAACGUCAUUGAGUAUUCCAUUAUGCAAGCUGAGCCGGACAACAUCUUCGACAUCAACGCAGAGACUGGAGAGAUCAAGCUCAAGUCGUACAUCAAGUCCAUGGAGAUCGUGCAGAACAUCACCAAGCAGAAGGACUGCAGGUGGUCUCUGGUGGUCCAAGCCCGGGAUCGAGGGUCUCCGUCCUUCAGCACUACCGCCGUGGUCAACAUCGACAUCACUGAGGCGACUCAACUCAAGGGGCCUAUGGCAGCCUUUUUAUUGCAAAGUAGGCACAACCCAAUGAAGGCCCUAGGCAUGGUCGCUGGUGUCAUUAGCAUAUUGGUAGGCGUCACUGUCUUGAUCUCCACGGCUAUGUUCUUGCGCAACACAAAGUCCAACAGGAUAAUGCCGGCGCGUCGCAUCAUCAUCAGACGGAGACCGUCAAGAGACCGUAAGCCGUGGACGUUUAACGUACCGUUCCGUGGCGGCGGUGGAAAUGACCCGUUGAACAAGUUUGUUGUAGGCGACCCGGAAGCAGGGAGUGUCAGCAUCAACCCCAACAAAAACAUCAGACCCCGGUGCUCUAGAUCAAAGCCCAAUCCUCUGCCCCCCAGAGCCCCCUGUCUGUCUCCUCCAUCCUGUCCCCCUCUGUCCGCCGACCCCAGGCCCAGUGAGAGGCCCCGGGCUGCAGUGCCGACCGUCUCUGGGGCCCUGGCUUCAAAGGGCUCCAGGAGAUCCAGCCAGAGCAGAGAGAGCAACAUCAGCUCUGAGACUACUAGAAUCCCCGUCAGCUCAGCCCUGGUCUCUGAACUCAAAAGGAGACUGGAGCAGAAAAUCAUUGAGAGCAACUCAAGCUAUUAUUGAACCUGAUAGGUGUGGUGUGCUGGCGCUCUAUCCAAUCUGUCAGUAAAUUGUCUGGACUUGCUUAAUGUGCUCAGUCCUAGGAUUGUAAAACUGCGAUUGUAAAAGAAGGUUGAGGACAGUAGGUAAAUUCCCUUCAAAACUGUAUUUGUUUUCAAUGCAAGUCCUCUGUCAAAGCAAUGUUGCAACACUGUCCUAUUAUUGAACCUACUGAAUUCUAACGAGCUCUACACAUUUUCUUCAAGAUGUUAUAACAUAACGUUGGACACUUGGAUCCAUGGGCCCCGGUCCAGAAUAGUGCAGUUUACAGGGAAUAGGGUGUCAUUUGAGACACACACUGUCCUCCAGAAAUAACUAGAGAUGUUUCUGCACUGCCAUCUUGAGAUGUGUAAUGGGAUCCUUGUUAGAUACGUCUCUGCAUUGCUGCCAUCUUGAGAUGUGUAAUGGGAUCCUUGUUAGAUACGUCUCUGCAUUGCUGCCAUCUUGAGAUGUGUAAUGGGAUCCUUGUUAGAUAUGUCUCUGCAUUUCUGCCAUUUUGAGAUGUGUAAUGGGAUCCUUGUUAGAUACGUCUCUGCAUUGCUGCAAUCUUGAGACGUUUAAUGGGAUCCUUGUUAGAUACGUCUCUGCAUUUCUGCCAUCUUGAGAUGUGUAAUGGGAUCCUUGUUAGAUACGUCUCUGCAUUGCUGCAAUCUUGAGACGUUUAAUGGGAUCCUUGUUAGAUACGUCUCUGCAUUUCUGCCAUCUUGAAAAGUGUAAUGGGAUCCUUGUUAGAUAAGUUUGCAUUGCUGCCAUCUUGAGACGUGUAAUGGGAUCCUUGUUAGAUAAGUUUGCAUUGCUUCCAUCUUGAGGUGUGUAAUGGUAUCCUUGUUAGAUAAGUUUGCAUUUCUGCCAUCUUGAGACGUGUAAUGGUAUCCUUGUUAGAUAAGUUUGCAUUUCUGCCAUCUUGAGACGUGUAACGGGAUCCUUGUUAGAUACGUCUCUGCAUUUCUGCCAUCCCGAGGGGAAACAACAUGUUAACAAGAGUGACUAAGGGGGAAAUACUGGACCAUGUCUGAGGAAAAGACUACUGCAUAUUUCUGUGUCAUAUUCCUGAAACGUUUAGUUUAAUUUGUUUAAGACCCUGCAAUGUUUUCAAGAAUAGUGCUGAAAUAUAUGAUUAGGAUUGAUAUGUAGCCUAUGUUGCCAGAAUGCAAAAUGGAAUUCAAAUUACGGAAUUAAUUUGGCUAAAAGGACGCCUCAAAAUAGCCUCAAUCAGCCUUGCUUCUGUAGCUAGCUAGCUAGCUUGUUUACAAUGAUUUGAUGCAGUCCAGACGGGCACUAGCAGAUGGCAUAAUAGGUAACAUAUGGCAGCAAGGAGUUGGUGUAACUAGUGCCGCACGCCGGAGCCCCUAUUCCUCUCUCCACUCACCUCUUCCCCACCUUUCUACUGAUACAAACAAAGGGACUGCAGCGAGCAAGUCUCCAUUGAAGUUUUCCAAAACAACUGUUUUCUUUAAAACACGUAGUAUUUCUACUAUCAUGAUUUUGUUGUAACAGUGAAAACAUUUCAAAUGGCCCAUCUCUAAAAAAUGUACCAACUUUGACUUGUGCGUCAGAUCGAAGCAGCUAUACGACACAGCUAUAAAAAAAAUAAACAAGAGAUAUUUUUGACAGGAUAAAUGCCAUUGCUUAAAACACGAGUGCUCGUGGACCUGUGUUUGUGACAUUCUAAUGGUGUUUGUCAUAUUUAGAUAAGUAGAUGUUCAAGGAUUAUGAUGUGCCACUGCCUGUUUCCAAGACAACAAAAACUCUUGCUUGUUUGAAAUCAGUAACUUUUUUUCUUUAUUUUAUUUUAUUUUAUUUUGCUGAAAUGCUUUUUUAUUUCAAAAGGGGUCUUCUUUUAAUUUGGGGGGGAUUGGUGUUGGAUUACUCACUUAAAUGAAGGAAUCAUUUUGUUGUUUCAGUAAAUAUCAAACUGUAUGAACGGAGAUGUUGUAAAAUUGGCCAUAAACUAAAGCAUUAAUUUCCACGCUGUGCAAACUACAUGAAAAUUAAUGGGAUACAUAACGAUACAAUAUAUUCUAUAUAUGUGUGUGUGUAUGUAUGUAUGUAUAUAUUCAAUAAUAAUAAUGUAUGUGGUGUAACACUUGCCUGUUUCUUGAAGUGAAAUCUUGAUUGUCUUUCUUUUUUUGUUUUGAAUAAAUGUAUGAAAAAUAAUUGUUGUGAUUUUGUUGGUUCAUAACUAGCGAGAUAUACAGUACGUUUUAGACAACAACAAUAAACGGAGAGAAGAA